CGUUUCUGUGUGGCAACUCCCACGAAAAGUUUCUGCAAACGGCGGCUACCUCCGAACUCGUCGCCGAGGACCAAACAGCAAGAAAUGCUGCUCAAUGAACACAAACCACGGCUCGAUAAUCCCGUGCUGUUUUCUCUUUUCUGAAGAACCUUUCGCAUGGAAAGCAGCCGACAGUCUGUCAGUGUCAGCCAGCUUCGUUGUAAGCUCUGCUUGUUUACCAGUCGUACAAUAUUUACCAAGUUCAUUUUAACAGCACUUAAUGUCUUUAAGCGCGUGGUGUUUAAGGAGAAAUCGUUCGGUUUCACUUUAAGUUUUGUUUGACUUUCGGAGUAAGUUUGUUGCGUGCUACUUUCAAGGGAUCGUCGUCAAAGUUGCGGACGCCACGAGAGGCGGCGGCGCGCUCCGCCAUUCCCUCACUGCGCCACUUUAAGUGGAAUGGGACGCCUUGAAACCUCCGUGUUUGGAUCUUGAAACUGCAAGGGGCGCCCCCAGCACCAUAUUGAAUCAAAGUUGCCAACUCCUGUCACAAACAUGCAGUAAGUUUGGGUGCUACAGAGCAGCGACGCCCAGCCGCCGACGUGUCAAUGGGGGAGCUGUAAGGCGACGAGUGGCGAACUUCCCUGCAAGUGAAUGCGUCGCAGAGUCGGCGCACAAUCCACAAGUUUGACGCGUGAGCAGAAGUGGACGUGAUGGACAACCCGUCCUCGGUCAUCACGCAGGUCAGCCGGGACGAAGAGGGGAGUAACUCCUCGGAGAAAGGGGAUAGAGGUUCCACACCCUCACUGUCCACCAAAAAGCCCCGCAGUGGCGGCUUAUUCUCCAUCUUUUCCUGCUGCCUGUGCCGAGACCAGCCAGAACCCCCGCCGGUGAACAACAACGCCCCCCUGCUGGUGGAGGAAAACGGCACUGUUUCCAAGAUCCAGGUGAAACCGCUGCUGCCGCCAGUCAAGUCCAAAGACGCCGGGAAGGUCUGCGUGGUGAUCGACCUGGAUGAGACGCUAGUCCACAGCUCUUUUAAGCCUGUCAACAACGCCGAUUUCAUCAUUCCUGUGGAAAUAGAUGGAACCGUACAUCAGGUGUACGUCCUGAAGCGGCCUCAUGUGGACGAGUUCCUAAAGAGGAUGGGAGAAAUGUUUGAGUGCGUCCUGUUCACUGCCAGUUUAGCCAAGUACGCCGACCCCGUCUCUGACCUUCUGGACAAGUGGGGAGCCUUCCGCUGCCGCCUCUUUCGGGAGUCCUGCGUUUUCCACCGAGGAAAUUACGUCAAGGACCUGAGUCGCCUGGGUCGGGACCUGAACAAGGUCAUCAUCGUAGACAACUCCCCUGCCUCUUACAUCUUCCAUCCUGACAAUGCCGUGCCCGUGGCCUCGUGGUUUGACGACAUGUCCGACACUGAGCUGCUGGACCUCAUCCCUUUCUUUGAGAGGCUGAGCAAAGUGGAUAAUGUCUACACUGUCCUCAAGCACCAAGGGGCCUCAAGCUAACAGAAUUCAGAAACACAUCUUCGAAGAAAACAACAUGUAAAUCUCACCCAAACAAAAAAACAAACACACAUGCGCUCGGCAAUGAGAUUUCAGCUGUCACCGCCCACCCGUGAGACUGAGACUCUUCCCAUGCCAGGAAGCCUUUGAUAUUGUUGGCGCUGCCACUUCCUGGUCAAGCAGGAAACGGCUCGACAUUUAGCUAACCCCCUUCCUCCUCUCAGGAAGCAGCGGAUGCAUGGAAAGCGGAUGGGUUAUUGCCCCGUCCCGGGCUGUUUCUCCGGACUGGCUUUAGCUGGCGUCCAGAAGGUGCCUUUUUAAAACUGUAUUUUACCGAUACCGCAGUGUUGACAUGCACAAAAAAAAGAACCUGCCACCACCCUCGGAGCAGCUGCUUUGUGGGUGUCUUGCCACGUCACAGAGGUCAACUUGCUGUAUGUUGAGUUAUGUUGCGUUCAACAGGCUCAUUUACACCUUUGAAAGGCCGCAAGAAACUUGAAUUCUUCAGCGGAAGUGCAGUUUGUCGGUUGCUCUUUCUUUUUAUUCCUAGACGGUACACGUAGGCUGGAAACAAUCUCAUGCAGAGGGGUGACAGUGUGUCUAUAUUUAAAGCAGACACCCUGAAACACCCCUGGAUUCAUUUUGUUUUAAGAUAUUUCAGCAGAGCCACAAUUUCAUGUCUUCUCUCAGUGGAGAUAGUAGGAAAAAAAUCCAGCUAAAUUGUUCUUAAAGUGGAAUUAUGCUUGUUUUUAAAAUUCCAGAGACCUUCCAUGUAUCACUUGUGAUGUCCAGUGAGGUGAAAGAGGCCGUGCAACGAGAGUACGCCGGUAAACCUCACUCCCCGACGCCUUAAAAGUCGCACGGGACACCGAGUUGACAGCUUUUAGCUCGAUGGCUAGCGCUCUCGACUGUCUUCUGUGGACCCUCGUUCGGGCCCAGGCGAGGUACAUUCGCAAUUGACAAAAUCAUGCUGAAUGACGGUGGGUUGUGUUUGUGAAGUGACUCCACAGAGAGCAGGAAUGACAAUUAAACCCAUCACAUAAGUAGAUUUGACAGUGUUUGUGUUUUGAAGAAGAUCCUGGCAAUCAAAGUGUUCAUCUUUUUUUUUUUUUUUUCGAAAUAAUUACUGAUUUCUUCACCUUUCGACAUCAUUCCUCACCUUUUCAGGACUGUGGAAUAUUAACGAGUCAAAUACCAGCAGAUAACAAAGAAUAGAUUAUUACUGUUGUAGGCACAUAACGGUGUAAAUGUGGAUUUGGGGGGGGUUUAUUUAUAGGAAUUUGUCAUUAAAGCGAACGUCACUACAGGGCUGCUACUGUACCUCACAUGUUCAGUAGAUUUGUUCACGUUUGUGUUUUGCACAGCCAGAAAGCAAACAUGUCAUUUUGAAUACAGUGGGGGAAUUAAGUGUUUGAUUUUGUACGAUUAUACCCCCCCCUUUACAAAGACACAGACAGUACAUAAUGUUAGAAAAAAAACAUUAAAAGUUAUCAAAUCAUUUGUAUUUAA